AUCUCCAACAUGAAGAUACAACUAACUGUUGUGUUGUGUGUGGGCGUGUGGUCCCAGGCGUGGGCACAAGACGCCUCCUACGUGUUAGACUCACGAGGGGUGCAGCUGGAUCAAGGCCUCACACCUCCUAAACAGCUCCUUGACAACCACCAGGUCUUAUCCGAGGCCUUCAAGCACCGUUCUGAGGAGUUGGCCAGAACCUACAGCAACGACCAAGUCGCCUACAACGACCCCGACCCAGAGUACAUGUGGGCCUACGAGGUAGACGCCAGGUCAACAGGGGACAAAAAGUCUGCCCGGGAGGAGCGUCGAGGAGACGUAGUGGUGGGCCAGUACAGCGUCAUGGACCCUGAUGGUUCUCUCCGCGUCGUCGACUACUCUGUAGCUCCCGACACUGGCUUCCAGGCCACUGUUACCAAGCAAUCCACCCAUGAAAACUUCCAGAGCCAAAGCCAAUACAACCAGCAAAGGCGCGACCAGUUCCAGAAACAACAGAACCACCGCAACCAGUUCCACAACCAACAGAACCGCCGCAACCAGUUGCAGAACCAACAGAACCGUCCCGACCAGUUCCAGAACCAACAGAGCCGCCCCGACCAGUUCCAGAACCAACAGAGCCGCCUCGACCAGUUCCAGAACCAACUGUCUACCCACGAACAGUUCCAGAACCAACUGUCUACCCACGAACAGUUCCAAAACCAACAGAGCCGCCUCGACCAGUUCCAGAACCAACAGAACCGGCGCAACCAGUUCCAGAACCAACAGAACCGCCCGGACCAGCUUCAAACCCAACUGUCUACCCGUGACCAGUUCCAGAACCAACAGAGCCGCCCCGACCAGUUCCAGAACCAACAGAACCGCCCCGACCAGUUCCAGAAAAAUGUUGUCCAAUAUUAUUCACAGAGUAGACAACAGCAGCACCAGUACCAGCAGAACCAGGAAAGCAUCAACCAGUUCCAACAGAACCAGAACCAAGAGAACCAAAACCUGUACCAGCAGAACCAGCAGGAGGAGAGCCGCAACCAGUAUCAACAAAACCAAAACCAAUUCCAGCAGAAUCAGUAUCAGCAGAACCAGGAGAACCGCAACCAGUACCAACAGAACCAGGAGAACAGCAACCAGUACCAGUCCAAGUAUCGCACGAGUACCAACCAAUACAACCACAACAACCAGUCCAACAACCUCCACAACAACAGGUACAACUCACAGACUUACGGCUCCACCAACAACAACCAGAACUACAACCAAAACUCACACCUCAACUCCAACCUUUUGAACCUGGAAUACAACCAACAACUCUCCCAGUUAUCCACCAACAACCACAACCAGUACGGAAGGAGCCAAGUUAGUGUGGUUCUUGCCGGAAAUCACAAGUAUCGACUACAACAAAUGAACCACUGGCAACACUAA